GCUUUCUUGCUCCUCGUUUUCGUCGCGACCUUCGAACUGAACAAUGACGGUGGAGCUAGUUCCACAGAAUUCUUCAGGAAAAUCCAAAUCUCUCUCUCCGAUCAAUUCAGAUUCCAUACUUCACUGUUAGGUACGAAUAUCCAUAGAUCGAUUGGAACAUAGAGAGAGAGAGAGAGAGAGAGAGAGAGAGAGAGAGGGAGAAAUGAUUGGGAGGUCUCGCAUAGAAGCAAUCGUGUCGUUGUUCGUCACUGUUCAUCCCCACGAGACAUCCGCAUUAUUCUAUUCCACCUCCUGUUUCUUCUUCAUUUUAAGUGCAUACUUUGUGGUUCUUCCUUUGCGUGAUGAGGGUGCGAUAUCAUUAGGGUUAGGGAAUCUACCGGGCCUUUUCAUGGGGUCGUUGGCACUCACAUUGAUUGCCGCCCCUGUUUCGACACUCAUCUUCUCAUUGCCAAACCUUUCCAAAGCAAAGGCUUUGAUCUUAAUACACAGGUUUUUCAGUGCGUCCCUUGUCAUAUUCUUCAUUCUAUGGAGUUAUUCUUCACCUGGAAAUUCACUAUCCAAUUUCAAGAAUUUGAUUUCCACGUCUUCUGUUAUAAAAGAAGAACUAAAGGUUGAAGUGAAUCAAACCAGUUCUCCACAUUUUGCUGGUUGGGGUAACCAUGGAUGGUUUUACAUUUCAGUGAGAAUUGGCUUGUUCCUUUGGGUGGCUCUGCUUAAUCUCAUCACUAUAUCUUCUACUUGGGCCAGAGUAAUUGAUGUAAUGGACAGUGAGUCAGGUUCAAGAUUGUUUGGGUUCAUUGGCGCUGGUGCUACAUUUGGACAGCUUUUUGGUUCAUUGUUUGCCACGGGAAUGGCUUGGUUGGGACCCUAUUUACUCCUAUUUGCUGCUCUAUUGAUGGAACUUGCCGCGCAGUCAUCAAAAAGGAUUAGCAAGGAUAUGUCCCAUCUCCCUGAGGAACUAUCUCUCAUCAGAAAACCUGGUCUUGAUCAAUGUAAUGAGGUAGAUGAACAAACUAAGCCUGCUGUUAAAGGAUCUUCCCCAAGAUUAUCUACUGCUAUGGCAAAGCCCCAGCUCUGGGCUAUAUUGGAUGGACUACGGCUUAUAGUGUCGUCAACUUAUUUGCUGUAUGUGUCAUUGUUCCUGUGGCUGAGCGCAGUUGUUUCUUCAUUCUUCUAUUUUCAGAAAGUAACUGUGAUUGCUACUACCGUUGCAAGUCCUGUUGGCAGAAGAAGAUUAUUUGCACAGAUCAAUAGCUUUAUUGCAAUUUUUAUCCUUACUGGACAACUUACUUUGACGGGGCGUAUCCUUACUUUUGCUGGGGUCACUGCAGCCAUUUGCUCUGCACCAAUUGUUGCCUUCUUAAAUUUAAUUGCUAUAGCGGUGUGGCCAACCUGGAUUGCAGUUGCUGUCUGUGAGACCUUGCGGAAGGUGGUUACUUAUGUUGUAACCAGGCCAGCAAGAGAACUCCUUUUCACUGUUGUCUCACAGGAGGAGAAAUACAAGGCCAAGGUGUGCAUAGAUGUGAUUGUUCAAAGGCUUGGAGAUGCUACCGCAGCUGGAAUGUACAAGCUGCUCUUCAGCACUUUUAGCGGCAGAAAAUCAAACGUGUCUCUCUAUGCCCUCCCGGUCUGCUUCUUGUGGAUACUAACAGCGUUCCAUUUAGGACGGAGACAAACACAACUUGCAAAGUUGCAUACCACCUCACCCACUUGACAUUUCCCGUAAAUCAAAUUUUAUGUACACCUUUUGUAGAAUAUAGAUACCAAAGAUAUAACACAAUUUGUUGAUAAUUUCUGCUAGAAUUUUAGAUUCUAAUGGGAGGGCAAGCACAAUGUCAUUUGAUGUACUUUAUGGAUGUGUGUGUGUGUGUGUGGGCGUGUUUCUUUGCUGAUAGCAUUCACCUGGGGCCAACUAUAUGGUAUUGGCCUCAAUACAUCAUCUGCUGAAGUUUGAAGGUGAAAAGUUGGGAGAUGAGAGAGGUACUGUCGGAACGAAAACUACAAAAGCCUAGUAAUAAGGUGUGGUAUAAAACAUCAACAGGUUGCUGAGGCUUUGGGCUCUCUAGGUAGAAGACGAAUAUGG